AUGUCGACUCCGGCUGGCCCAAAAAUCACCGUGCUUUACUUCGCAGCAGCCUCUACAACAAUUGGAAGAACUUCUGAAGAGAUACCCAUCCCGAAUGGGGGGUUGAAGCUCGCGGUUCUGGGCCAGUUACUGGUAUCGCAUUAUCCUAACACGGAUCUCAAGAAGAUCCUAGAAACCAGCCAAUGGAGCGUCGACUGCGAAAUGGUUGAAGAUCCGGAUACUCUCAAAAGAACGAAUUCAUCGGUUGCCGAGGAGCUGAAGAGUGUGCAACCCUUCGAUCCAUCGGUCUUGAGCUUGAGGCCCUUAGGUCCUGAUGAUUUCUUUGGCCGCAUACAGCGAUCUUGUGUUGCUUACACCGCUGCUCCACCUCGUAAACUUGACCCAACCAGCAGCACUGGUACCCUGGCAUUCGGCGGCUGA